AUGGCUCGCACGAAGGCAAGAGUCGUUCAAAUGGAUCCAAGACAACGAUUUGCGGUAUUCAAAAGUGCCUUCAGGAGAAGGUACAGCUCAAAGAAUGAAGAGAAUAAACGCUUUGAGAUCUUCCAGAGGAACUUGGUCACUAUCGAUAAACUCAAUGCUCAAAAGAAAGGAAGUGCCGUUUUUGGUGUCAACAUCUUCGCUGAUUAUACGCAGGAAGAGUACAUGAGAACGAGGGGCGGCAAGCCGCCCAGGUCCCAAUCAUUGACCCCACGAAUGUUUACCCCUCGCGGACGCAAAAGGAGCAACUCAGCGCCACCACCUGGACGCACCAACUCCAGGGAGCCUCGUUUCCCGGAGCGCGGGGGGUCAGUGCCGCCCCCCUACACCAUCGGCCGAGACCGCCCCGAUCCCCCUCUCAAGGACUGGCGAGUUCCUGCUCACCUGUACCCACCGACCCAACCGCAAGUACGCAACAACCUACAUUCCCGUCUUAUCAAAUAA